GGGAAUGGAAAUGAGGCUGGGCCCAGCAGCUAGCGCGCGCUCCCUCCCCUGCCCUCCCAUCGCAGGGCGCGCGCCGAGCGGUGCAGAGUCCGAAGGCAGCGCCGCAGUGGCCGCGGCCCCCGAGGGAGGGGCCCGGAGCCCCGCCCCCAGGGAGGGGCCGCCCGCAGGUCUCCCCUCUACCCUCCACGGCUCCAACUCCACGCAGGGGUUGAAAUUUAGUGAGAAGAAGAAGGCAGUUCACGCGGCGUCAAUGGACUGAGACUAAGCCAAGAGCCGGGCCCUCCCUCUAGGUUUCUGGGCCAGCAAGAUGCUGGAGCGAGAUGCUGAGUCUGCGGCCGGUGGCACCGAUCCUAGUCCCACUGGCAAGGAGCCUGUGACCAAAGGAGAAGGUGAGGGCGGCUCCACCUCUCCCUACCAGGGCUCGCCGCAGAAGUCCAGCCAGUCGGUUCCAGGGCCCGCCACGUCCGCGGGGGCGCCUUCCCGACCCCGCCGGCGGCCCCCGCCCCAGCGCCCGCACCGCUGCCCCGACUGUGACAAGGCCUUCUCGUACCCGUCCAAGCUGGCCACGCACCGGUUGGCACACGGCGGCGCCCGCCCCCACCCAUGCCCCGACUGCCCCAAGGCCUUCUCCUACCCCUCCAAGCUGGCAGCCCACCGCCUCACGCACAGCGGCGCCCGUCCGCACCCGUGCCCGCACUGCCCAAAGGCCUUCGGCCACCGCUCCAAGCUGGCAGCCCACCUCUGGACCCACGCGCCCGCCCGCCCCUACCCGUGCCCCGACUGCCCCAAGUCCUUCUGCUACCCCUCCAAGCUGGCGGCCCACCGCCAUACGCACCAUGCCACCGACGCCCGUCCCUAUCCUUGCCCGCACUGCCCCAAGGCUUUUUCAUUCCCCUCCAAACUGGCCACCCAUCGCCUAUGUCACGACCCCCCGACGGCGCCGGGCAGCCAGGUCACCGCCCGGCAUCGCUGCUCUAGCUGCGGCCAGGCGUUUGGCCAGAGACGCCUCCUACUCCUUCACCAACGCAGCCACCACCAGGCCGAGAGCCCGGGGGAGCGGGAGUGAACCCUCCCUUUGGCUCACUGGCUCCCUGUGCUGCCAGCCCCGGUCAAUAAAGAGGUGGCAUCUCUAAGCCAGGCUGUGUGGACUUGCCUCUUCCAGGUAGCCGGAAGGGAGGUUGGCCCCCGCACUGGGCUCAGAGUUAGCA